AUGGAGAAUUUGGUUGCUUAUGAUGCGGAUAGUGACGAAGAUAUGUCCCCACGUAGAAGAUCAACAGAAGCGACGACUGUGCAAUGGGCAAAAGAGGAGGAAGAGAAGAAGUCAAGCGAGCGGAGGCAACGAAGAGAUUCGGAUAUGUAUGAUUUCUCGCCGACUGAAGAUUCCGAUCAUUCAGAAUCUAAUUUCGCUGAACCACCACCUCCAAAAAGAAUGGUCGACGCUGAUCAUUCUCCAUCGCCGGCGGCAUUUAGAACUCCGCAAAAUGCGAUGCCUCAUGUGAGUAAUAUAUUUUUUAAAAGUAAUUUAUACAGAGAAAUUCAUGUUUUCAGACAAGUUCCCAAGUUUCAUUAGUCAGUUAUUCUGGAGAUAAUGAAGAUGACAUUGGACCGGUUAAAUUUUUAUUGGAAGACUCUGAAAAAACUCCACAAUCUGAACUACACGAGCCAAAACCGCCAGCAAGAAAAGAAGAAAUCGAUGAAGACGAAGAAGAAAGGCUUAUUGAUUUAGCGUUAGAAGAAUCGAAAAAAGCAUUGAAGAAUCAAAUGGAAGAUUCACCUGGAAGUAAAACUCCCACACCAGGACCAUCUCAACAAGGAAGUCCCGCACUUCCACGAGAAGAAAUUGUUGAACAUUUGGAGAAUGAUGGAACUGAAAUAAGAAUACCGCCACCACCAGAAUGUGAAGUUAGCGAAAGACUACAAGCAACUUUCGAAGCGGCUUUCCAUCAAAAAAAUCGCGGAGUCAAUUUGAAUCAACAAAUGCAAGCGAGACAGGAUUUUAGUAAUCCAAUGAGUUAUGAAAGAUUUAUUGAAAUGUUCGAGAUUGAUGAGAAAGGUGAAUAUUUUUUUUUAGAUAUUUUUAUUAUGAAAUUUUUUAUUAUGAAACCAAAAAAAAAUUCCAGGAACCAACUUCUCCAAAAACAUUUUCGAUCCUCAUUGCUUCCCCGAAAACUGUUUCUAUGAUGCGAUUUCUGAAGAGCAAAGAAAACUCAUGGAAGCACAACAAGCCGGGCUCAUCAAGAAAAUUACAAAGUCUUGA